AUGAACCCUAUAAAUUCUUCGACCGGUGCUAGAGGCCUGCUACCAGCAUGGCCCAGUGGUAAGGAGAAGAAGAGCGACGUGGAUGAUGGUCUUCUCAGGCCUAUAGCACAGGAAAGAGCACCCUGGGGUUCAGAAUCCACUGCUGGUUUAGAUAAUGGUGGCAAGAAAGGAAAUAUAUUUGAUGACACUGAUCAGAUAAACAAGCUUAGCCUAGUUAAAAGACGGGAGAUUCAUUCGAAGGAGGAUUUGGAGUAUGUUACCGAUAGGAGAAAACGGGGUGAAAAAUACUUGCGAUCCUCUCUGGUACUGGCUGGGACCCUUGCAACCGAUAUUACUCGUAGACUGGAUUAUACCUACUACAAUCUGCUGGAGAAAAUCGCUGCUCUUCGUUCGACGACCGCUUCGUUCCAAGAGCUCUAUGACUCUAUAUCGACCCUUUUUGAUGAUUUUGAAAAGGAGACCACCAGCCUGGGACAGGAGAUACGAAAGCAGACUUCUGAGUUGAAAGCAUUCCAGCCACAGGUACAAAAAAUUGACGCUCUGGAAUGGCGUAUGAGGGCGGGGAAGACAAGGGCUGAUGCUCUUAAUGAGAGGCUUGAUGCUGUGCGAAGCAAGAUCGAUUGGUGGGAAAGAAGAGAGGCAGAAUGCCAGAUCCGAAUUCAUCGACGCCUUCGUGCCUUUUGGAUUGUGGUUAUGACAGGUAUUACAGCUCUCUUUGUUGCUUUUAUUAUCCCAAAUAUAAGCGCCGAAUCAUCGGGUCCUGAGAGCCUAGCACAAGUGACAAUGCUUGCUUACAACUCUUCACACAUUUUACCAUAUAAUGAAAAGGAGAGCAAUUCGCGGGUUUUGUAUCCAUCUAACUUGGAUAAUAAGCAUUCAAGUUUUCAAAGUCGACAGUUCUCCCAGCCAGCUGAUCCACCUACAUCUGCGGCACUGGGCUUAAAUGCGGAACCUACUGAACAAGAUCCUCUGAAUAUUCUUAAUGAACUUUGA